AUGGGUUGAAGUGUUGUUGGUGUCAUAUUGGUUUGUGCUGUGGAGGGGCAAUCAUUGUCCAUUAUGGUGGAAAAGAAAGGAGCCAGGAAAAACUCAAUGGCUGUGGCUAUAGAACGCCAUGGUUUCGGCGUUCGUCACAUCCAGAUGAGCGUAAUGUGCGUUUGCAUGACGGCUCUCUUUAUCGCGCGGAGCAGUAUGGGAGUGGCGGUUCUAGCCAUGACUGAUACAAGUCGUAAAAACGACUCUAACGUUAAGAUAUACGAGUGGGACAAGGAGACCCAGGGUCUUAUCCUCUCCUCUUUCUUCUGGGGAUACAUCGUAAUGCAAAUUCCAAGUGGGCUGCUCUCCAAACAUUUCGGAGGCAAGCCUAUACUACUAUCAGCUAUGAUUGCCAACGCCGCCAUUAACUUAUUGAUACCAACACUCGCGGAGCUGGGUGGCUGGCGUCUAAUGUGUGCAUCUAGGGUCCUCAUGGGUCUGUCUCAGGCCUGCUUGUUCCCCGCAUCGCAUACACUUAUAGGACGAUGGCUGCCCGCUCACGAACGAACUUCGUAUACUGCUAUUGUUUAUGGAGGAUCAAUGAUUGGCACGAUAGUGGGCAUGCCUGUGUCUGGUAUUCUAGCAGAGACAGCUAUCGGUUGGAAGCUCAUAUUUUAUUCUAUAUCGGGGCUUGUUUUUGUUUCUGCCGCGAUAUUUUAUCUCGCAGCGGCGAGCUCUCCAGGCGAGCACAAACUGAUGAGAGAUGAAGAAAGAAAAUACAUAGAGAAAGGAUUGAAUGCAGGAGGAUCUAAGGAAAUGCGAACCCCAUGGCGUGAUAUAUUCCGAACCAAAGUGUUCUGGGUACUAGUCGUCACACAUAUAGGUAGUGCCGUCAGUUUUGUACUGUUCUUCGUGGACUUACCCACGUACCUGGAGCGAGGACUGCAGAUAUCUUUAAAAACUAGUGCAUCUCUGUCUGCUCUUCCAUACAUUGGAAUGUGGAUCGGCUCAGUGGCGUCAUCUACAGUUUGUGAACAAAUAUACAACAGAAAAAUUCUCUCUGUCGGAGUUUGCAGAAAGAUAUUCAAUUCUAUAUCGUUUUUCGGCAUGUCAGCGUCACUCAUCGUGCUAUCCUUUCUGGGUCCAGAGAAUAAGAAUACGGCCGUUGUUGUCCUCAUCAUCGCAUUAACUUUAUACGGUUUCAAUGCUGCCGGGUUUAUGAUGAGUCAUCUGGACAUAUCCCCAAACUUCGCCGGCGUGUUGCUGUCUCUGACCAACUUCGCAGCUAACUCUGGCAGCAUUCUAACACCCAUAAUUACUGCUCUCAUACUAAACAAUGAUCCGACUGACGUGAGUCGAUGGCGCAUAGUGUUUCUGGCGACUGCUGCUCUGUGUACCAUCACUAACACUGUGUACGUUAUAUUCGGAAGCAGUGAAAGGCAACCUUGGGAUAGUCCUGACUUCAAUAAAACGACAGAUCCUGAAGAAAUGAAACCAGCAUUGGCGAGAACUGACACGGAUGAAAAGGAAUGAAGAUGGUUUGACAAGACAUGUGAAGAGACACAGCAAAUACUCUUAAAUUUUUCUUACGCAUAUCUAA